AUGGCUGUUAUCUCUCAAACACCAGAUGAGAGAGCAAUUCAAGGCCAAAUUGCAGAUAAGCUAGGCCUGAGCUUCGACGACAAAGAAAGUGUAGCUGGACGGGCAGAUAGGCUUCAAGAAAGAAUGAUAACGAAUGGCAAAAAGAUCCUUGUGAUAUUGGAUGACAUUUGGAAGAAGCUAGAUUUUGAGAAGUUGGCAAAAGAAGAGGCAUGGAAGCUUUUCCAGGAAUCAGCUGGCAGCUGUGUGGAUGAUCCUCUGUUGCAUCCGAUAGCAGAGGCAGUAGCAGAUGAAUGUGCAGGUUUGCCCCUUGCCAUAGCAAUUGUUGGAAGGGCCUUGGAAAACAAGACUGACCGAAAUGUUUGGGCCUAUGCGCUUCAACAGCUUAAAAAAUCUGCACCAAGAAACAUCAUUCCUGAAAUGGAUGAUGUAUUCUCAAGCAUACAGUUCAGCUACGAUUAUCUAGAAAGCAAGGAAGCAAAAUCAUGCUUCUUGCUUUGUAUGGAACAUCAUGUCAAAAUGCACCGCCUUGUACGGGACUUUGCCAUAUCAAUUGCAAGCAAAGCUGAGCCUAUGUUGCUAAGUUGUGAUGUUGGUUUGGAUGAGUGGCCUCAGAAAGAUUCAUACGAACAUUACAUCAGAAUCCCACUUCAGUUCAGUAAGAAUGCCAAGUUUCUGGUCGAUACCUUGCAGUUUACAAAUCUAAAGCUUUUACAACUGUUUUACAACUCACAGAGUGUGAAUCAUAUGGAUAAAAUUUCAGGAAAUUUUUUUGAAGGGAUGAAAGUACUUGCAGUUUUAGCUUUGUUUAAAAAUCAUACUCCAAUGUCACUUCCAUCAUCUUUGGAAGUCUUAAAAAACCUUCGAAGCUUGUUUCUUCAUGGAUGUAGGAAGAUGGAAGGAUUACUAAUGAUUGGAGGUCUAUAG